AGUUUUAAAGCGUGCGUUACUAGUCAGCUGUUUUUAUUGCAUACAUCGGUUGACUUCAAUUCAUACGUUAUAUGUAUCAGUAAUAUUUGAAUACACCACAUACAAUUCAAAAUCCAUUCGAUAAAAUCCGGACAUACUGUCACAUCAUCAGUAUUUCGUGUAACGGCAAAACCAACUGAAUUAUAUAACUCAGUUGGUUUUGCCGUUACACGUGUAUUUGGGAGAAUCUCCCAAAUACAUUACUCAGUUAACAAAUCUUGACAUUUUUGUCAUUUGUUUUGAUAGUUUAGUACUUCGACUCAGUUUUGAGCCUUGUAGGUUUCUUAAUGAGCACGGUUACGAGCUCAACCUAAAGUGACAUGUAUGCUGUACUACAAAGUAAGUUGGAUAAGGAAAUCUGAUGGUUGAAGCACAGUCGACUGAACUCAUGAUAUUUGUAAGCUGGCUCAUGUGAACGAUUAAUUCUCUGUUGAGUGCAAAAGACACGGGAUUCGCGAAUUCUUCUGGAAGUCGGAAUGAUAUUUAAAUUUAGGAACUAUAUGUCUUAUGCGUUCGCAGUUCUGUGUUAUGACAAAGACUACACGUGCAUUUUGUUACAUUUUGUACUCUUUACCUUGUUCACUACUAUUCUGUUGUGCUCGUACUGAGCAGGAGUUGCAGAGUAACGUUUGAAAAUUAAUGUUAUAUUUCUGAUAUUACCAUGCACCCAUAGCGUCGCUAAAACUUUAAGUAGUUGCUUAUGCGAGUCACAUGUCUAUCAAAUUUGAAAUAGGUAAAGUUGAGUACAGAUUUCGCGUGUUUAAAACAUACAUUUUCUGUUUUGAAAUGCUUCUCAUAAAGUUUCAUUAAUCCUCAUUAAGUGACAAACUUUUGCUUGGAUCUCUCAACAUCGGUUGUCAGAAUGUAUCCCGAUGCCAGAAAUAACCCACGUCUAUGUAGAGGCAAUAGAAAUAUACGUCAAGCAAAUGGAACCACUCAUCGUGCCUCUUCUCGUCCAGUAACAUCAGCACAUACCUACUGGUGUCCAAGUUCAAUAACAGAUAAUUUUAACAGUGGAUCUGGACAUCAUAACCAUUAUAGACCAUGUGACAGCCUUUGCUACCCGUAUAGGAGAAAUAAUCCCUGGAUGACUGUCAGUGACUUUUUACGCCAUCCUUCAAGAAACUCUGGCCACAGAAGAGGUUUUCCGUAUCCCGGACAUGUAUUUGGUGGCCAUCAAAUUAUUCGGACGCUACCAACCUCUAAGUCUUCAACCAAUCCAAACUAUUCGGUUGAGUCCACCAACUUAGUUCAAGCUGGUUCUUCAGAAAGUGAUACUUCCUUGUCUGUUCGGCAACAACCAACAGCUAACUUAAAAGUAGAUUGUAAACCUAAUAAUCAUGAUAAUUUGAGAAGUAACCUUAUCGAUGAAUUGCGCAAUAGCACAUAUCAGUGUAUGAUAUGCAUUUCAGAAAUUCGUGUUACUGACCGAAUUUGGUCAUGUGCUACGUGUUAUCACAUUUACCACCUAUCAUGUAUCAGGUCUUGGGCCAAAAAAUCAUUCCAGGAACCUAACAUCGAGUCUGGUUCAUCUUCCGUUUGGCGCUGUCCAUCUUGUCAAACAAAUUAUGAUAUGUCUCCCCAACUAAUUUCUUACCGAUGCUUUUGUGGACGCACUGAAAAUCCUGAAUUUCACCCUGCUCGUUUUACAAUACCACAUGGUUGUGACCAGGUUUGCAGUAAAGUGAAACGUAUAACUUUUGCAUCCAAUUUGUCUGAUUAUCAGUGCACCCAUCUUUGCACAGAACUUUGUCAUCCAGGUCCAUGCCCUCCAUGUUUAGCAACUAUCACUUUGAGUUGCCCAUGUGGAAAAUCUCAACGUCCUGCUACUUGUGGUGAUCCUAAUCUUCAACCUUGUGGUCAAAUAUGUGAACGUCAGCUUUCAUCUAAUUGUGCAACUGGUUUUCAUACAUGUUUAUUAACUUGUCAUUAUGGUUCUUGUAGUCCUUGUCAGUGGAUGAUUGAAACAGCUUGUUUUUGUGGUCAGGAUAAUAAUGUAAAGUUGAUUUGUGGCAGUAAUGAAAUACGAAAAUGCACUUUUUCUCAGAAAGAUUUACAAACUUUACGUACAGCUUUUGUGGAAUUGCAAAGUAAAAUAAUCAAUAACGAUUAUUCUGAUAUUUUAAAACUCCAGCAAAUAUCAAUUGCUGAUGACUUAUCAUUACGUGCUAAUGAUGAUUUAAACAAUAGUUUAUCCUCUCAAUUAUCCAAACCUGAUAUCCACAAUACUGAUUCAACUAGAAUAGUUAAUGAUAAUAAUAAACAAAUUAUUUCAUCUGAUUUACUAUUGGUUAAAAUUGGUCCUACUUUCUCAUGUGAUCGUGUGUGUGGUCGUCAAUUAAGUUGCAACAAUCAUAAGUGCUCAAAUUACUGUCAUUCUGGAGAAUGUCCACCUUGUGCGCUUGAUCCGGCAUGGUGUUUAACCUGUCCUUGUGGAAAAACACCUCUCACUAAAUUGGUAUCAACAAGUUGUUUAUACGGCAAUCGACAAUCUUGUACGGAUCCUCUACCUACUUGUCCUAAUAUCUGUGGGCGUCCUAGAUCACUAUGUGGUCAUACAUGUUCAGAAUAUUGUCAUACUGGCCCUUGUCCUCCAUGUGAAUUAUCUAUUUCAUUAAGAUGUCGUUGUGGACAAAGUUCAAAAGUAAUGACAUGUCAAGAGUUCUCUAAAUUAUCAGAUAAAGAAGGCGCUCCUGAACUCUGUUGUCAACGCGUAUGUAAGAAGAAAUUAAUUUGUGGUCGACAUAAAUGCAAAACAUUAUGUUGUAAUGAUACUAUACACUCAUGCCCUGAAAUCUGUGGCCGUCGAUUAUCUUGCCAACUACAUUAUUGUGAAGAACAGUGUCAUUCAGGCCCAUGCAAUUCUUGUUGGCGUGGUGUGAUUUAUUCAGAACUAGUAUGCCGUUGUGGUCACACCAUACUGCAUCCCCCACAGCCCUGUGGAUCUAGUGCACCUGAAUGUAAUCAACCUUGCAGUCUCGCACAUAAUUGUGAUCAUCCAGUUAAACAUACUUGUCAUAUGGAACCUAAGUGUCCACCUUGUACAGUCAUAAUGAAUAAAGUUUGUCCAGGAGGACACGGAGUACAGUUUAAAGUGCCUUGUUUUCAAGAAGUUCGAAGUUGUGGACGAAUUUGCAAUAAACCACUUUCAGGUUGCUCACAUCUUUGUCAGCGUAAAUGUCACGCCGGUCCUUGUUUGGAUCUCACUACAUCCGACGAAGAAUGUGAUACUGUAUGCAUCCAACCCUGUCAGAAACCUCGUCCUGGUUGCGGACAUCCAUGUGGUUUACCCUGUCACGAAGUUCGAAAUCAAUCAUGCUUGGAGGCUUUUUCUAAUCACGGUUCAGAAAGCCAGUUGAUUUGUACUGCAUUAGUAGAUGUCGUCUGUCGCUGUGGAAAUAUCAAACAAAAACAACAGUGUCAUCAGGUGUAUACAAAGCAAUAUCUACUUUUGGAGCAUGAACGCAAUAUGAGCAGUGCACCAUUGACAGGUAGUCAUUCACUUUUUACUGAACAUGAUUCUCAAAAGCCAAUACCUCUAUUAGCUUGUGAUAAUUCUUGUACUAGUUCUACAGAAUCACAUACAAUCAGUCAAUAUGCUAAUACAAGCACUUGGAAGAGAGGUUUAACAAACAGUUCUGAUGCUAUGUUGCCUAAUUCAGAUGAAGAUGAGUGCCCAUUUGAUCCUCCGGAGUAUCCUGAUCAUUUAAAGCAGUUUGCACUAAGAAAUUUUACUUUUGUUGAAAAUAUUGAAGAACAAUUGAAAAGUAUGAUUAUACAGUUCUUGAAAUCCAAUAUUGAACCUACUGAUCCAAAUAAUCUUAAAGAAUACCCCAAAGUUCUGGUUCAUCAUUUUCCGCCUAUGAAUAAAAGAAAACGUCGAUUCAUUCAUGAUAUUGUAGAAUACUAUGGUAUGGAAGCUUGUACAUAUGAUCCGGGACCUAACUGUCAUGUAAUGGUUAUUGCGAGACGUGGUUAUUCCAAACUGCCUGCAGGAUCAAUGAGUAAUCGUGGAAGCCUUACCAGUGUAAUCAAACGAGAAUAUCCUGGAGCCGUGAAGCUUUCCAACGAACAACCGAAAUUGGUAAAAGAUCCUAAGACUGACUGCAAUGUAUUACCUGUUUCAAAUAUUUCGACUUUGUCUUAUGCUCAAAUACUACGUGGAAAAAUCACUUAAUAAAACAGACUUUCAUUCUAUAAAUGAAAUAAGAUUUACGUUUUGUGACGCACAGUAUUCCAGAUUCAUUCGGUUUAAUCUGUUUACCUUGUUGUAUUUACAUGAGGUUAUUUUUUAAAAUGAAUAUCCGUAAAUUGCUUGAGUCACUGGUAAUAUUUCCCUGCAAACAAUCCAUUCUGUACAGUAAGUAAAUGCCACACUAUCGUAAUCCACCUCGUAAUGUUGCUGUUAUAUGAAAAUCAAUUGACCAAAAGAUCUAAAAGAGAGGGCAGUACAUAUUGGAAGCGCGAAUUCACAGUAUCAUUUACUUCUAAGGAGUUUUAUAAAGAACAUAAACUUUAUAUAUUUGUCAGUUAAUAUACAGGUACUUCGC